AUGACCGAGAGCAUUAAUGCAGCCUGCAUACGAAUCACACACAAAUUAACAAUGAAUGAAAAAUGUCGAACGCUGAACCUUCAAAAACGCGCCGUGACUACUGUCCAAAAGACUGGGCGUAUGAUGGUUUUGCUACCAAGUGCAAGGCGAUACCCGGGCGCCCCCACAACGGCAGGCCUCGCUUGCUGA